AUGGACAUACAUCGGAUGCAGGCGCUGCGUUACUGCCUUCCUCAGAGUGUCAGCGACUCAGGACUGUUUUACAGCCACAUCGCUGCCAGUGAGCAGAGUAUCUGCCAGGCGCGGGCCUCUGUCAUGGUCUACGAUGACGCCAGUAAGAAGUGGGUGCCCAUCAAGCCAGGGCAGCAAGGCUUCAGCCGCAUUAACAUCUACCACAACACUGCCAACAACACCUUCAGAGUGGUGGGGGUCAAACUGCAGGACCAGCAGGUGGUGAUCAACUACUCCAUCGUGAAGGGUCUGAAGUACAACCAGGCCACCCCGACCUUCCAUCAGUGGCGUGACGCUCGGCAGGUCUAUGGGCUGAACUUUGCAAGUAAAGAGGAGGCCACCACUUUUUCUAACGCCAUGCUGUUCGCCCUGAACGUCCUCAGCUCGCCUGACAGCGGAGGUCCAGUAGUUCAGCGCCAAAAUGGACCCUCCUCAGAGGAAAGUGAAGCACAGAGGAGGAUGAUGGAGCAACAUCAGAUGCAGGCGCACAAGGAAAGGGAGCGACGGACGUCGGGAUCAGUCGUUUCCACUCUCCAAUAUAAAGUGUCCCACCUGCCCGCCCACCCAGACACCCCUCCCGAGUACAGACAGUUCAGAGCUAACACACUGCCGCCCUCCUACGCCCGUGUGGCCUCCUCCUCCUCCCCCCCUUCCUCUGCCUCCAUGUCUCCCUCACAGGAGAAAGAGGUGGGGGCUGCUAGGGACAAGGCCCAGCUCUCCUCCCAGCUCUCCACCUCGCUCGCCUCAGCCUUUUCCCCCGUCCAGGCAGGAGUGAGCACCCAGGGCCGACAGGUCCGUCAGAUCCCCCUGUCUCCCCCCACAGCAGCCCGCCACCUCCAGCAGCAGCAGCAGCAAGACAUCAUGCUCCCCCCCAAACACGGCACCUGGUCUGCCUCCCACAUGCAGCAAAUGUACACCAACUGUCCCCCAUCCUCAGUCAUGAUGGCCAUGCCUGUAAAGCAGGGUUUGCCUCCACAGCCGGUCCUCCCUGUAGCCCACCCCCUCCAGCCUGUAAGCACUAGGAUGAAGCCCCCUCCUCUUGAUCCUAGCGCUGUGACGGGCCCUCACCAGUACCCCCACCCUCAUGCCAACGGCCAGCCAGACGGUUCUUACUCUCCUCACUCUCAGCAUCUCCCACUCACCCCGCAGUACUGCGAGGCCAUCCCUAUGCCUCCUCUGAUAGGUCAGACAGGCCCCGCCCCCAACCUCCAGCCUCAGCAGCAUCAGCAACAGCAGCAGCAGCAGCAGCAGGCGUACCACCAGCAGACCCCCACCACCACUUCAUCCUCAUCCUCAUCCUCAUCCUCCUCCUCGCCCCCCUCUUACACUGCCAUGUCUGACGGGGGCUCCCCCAAGAAGACCCCCUCCCCUGUUCCCCAGCAGGCCCCUGUGGCCAGCAGCAGCGGUCCCGUCUCUGCAGGUCACCCAGCUAUGCUUUCUGUGGCGCCCCCUCCAGCUGCAGUUCCAGCCCCCAUGGCUGGUCCUCCAGCUCCACCGCCACCACCGGGACCACCACCCCCGAUGGCAGUGCCACCUCCCAUGCCCCCUCCGCUGCCCACCGGUGGAGGACCUCCCGGGGGCCCGCCCGGGGUGCAGCACCAACCCUCGGGACUGGCCGCUGCGCUGGCUGGAGCCAAACUACGCAAAGUGCACAGGGAUGAGAGCGGCCUCCCUGGCUCCGGUGGAAAAAGUGACUCGAACCGAUCGAGUGGCGGCAGCGGCGGCGGUGGGGAGGGACUGAUGCAGGAGAUGAACGCCUUACUAGCUCGCAGACGAAAAGCUUCAGAGAAACCCGAUGAAGAUGAUUCAAGUGGUCGAGGUCAACAGAACUCAACAGAUGCUGUGAAGAAGCCGUGGGAACGAUCCAACUCUGCGGAGAAGGCCUCGCUGGUGUCCAGAGUGAGACCGAUUGGCAGCACCAGUGAAGCGGACACAGAGUUCGACAGGAUGAAACAGGAAAUUUUAGACGAAGUCGUCCGCGAGUUGCACAAGGUGAAAGACGAAAUCAUUCAUGCCAUUAGACACGAAAUUGGCCGAAUCAGUACGUCCUAAUCUCAACUGAGCGUGCAGGUGAAGAAGCGGGAGGAGGAGCUGAUGGAGGACGGGGAACGCAGAUGCACAGACGCGAGGACCCCGGGGAAUGUUCUCCCAAUGUUUCUGUGACCUGGCGAUGCCACGGUGCAAGUUGCAGAGACGUUGUGCCAACAUUUAAGUCUGCUGGACAGCACAAACGGACUCAAGAGAGCAAGGAUUCAUGGGAAACGAAGAACUGAAGGAUUGACGUAUGGAUUGACUUAAACUGAUGAACUAAGCGUUGAAGUGGACAGACAUUUGUACUGAGUUUGGUGUUGUGGUCCUCUCUGUGCACCUAGACUCAGUCAGCCCAGUGUUGCAGCUUUUUGUUCUCUGUUCAGUCCACGUCUUAAAGAAAUAUUUUGGUUUUCUAAGUUUUUACUGUUUUAUUAUUUAAAGAAAUGUGGUGAUCAAAACGAUAAUGCUGUUGGUAUUUUAUUGAUAUUAGAGAAGGACAAAGGAAUCUUGCACAUUAACGUCAGCCUUUUCUAUUUUCUAUCAUUACGUUUUUUUCUUUAGUUUAUCCCCGACUUUUUCAUAAGAAGCACAAUUUGGGCAUAUUGGUGCUGAAGACCCACCUGCCCUUAAAUAGCAUAUAAAAAUAUUGAUAACCUUGCUCAGACUGGUGUUGUAGAACUCACCUUUUCUCUGCUGACAGGAUUUAAAAAACUGCUUCAAAUGCCUUUUACCUCUUCCAUCCGAGGUAAAACACCAGAAAUGAGCCUCUUUUCCACCAGUAAAUAAAACAUAAAGCAGUCUGCUCCAUAACUCCAGUGUGAUCGAGGCACAUGUUUCUUUUAUGUGUUCAGAUAAUGUGAUUAUUGAAAUGUGUGGGGAUCAUUCAGAAAACAGGCUGAUAACUGUAAAUGUGCCACCUGGUUUUACCCACAUAUGGAACAAUGUAUUAUCUAUUAGUCAUCCUAUGCUUUGUGAACCUCCCGAGUAUGCAUGAAAACUCCGUCUCUAUGAAUUUGUUUUCUAUUUGGUUCAAAACAAACAGCUGAAAAUAAAUAUAUCUUAAUGGUG